AUGCGCUCCGUCUUCUACAUAGUCCUAGCGACUAUCCUCGCCUUCGUCACCGCAAUCCCAAUCACCCCAUCAGCACCCCGUCUCCAGAAACGCGCCGAGCAAUUCAGAUUACAAGGUCUCCGAGAGUUCGAAAUCGCCGAACGCCUCUCCGCCUCCGCAGCAGAAACAGAAACCUUCCGCUCCCGCAUCAACCACAAACUACACUCCAUCCUGCACAAAGACGACUUCGACCUCUUCUCCGGCGACAUCGCCCCAGGAUCCAUGGAAUCCCCUUCCAUGCUACCAAAAGAGGUGUCACCUGAGAGCCGCGAGUCAUUGUUCCGCUCGUUGCUUGCGCUCUUUGGGCGCGAUGACAACGGCGGCUUUGGGUAUGAGGGCAAAGAGGGCGAGAUGCGCAGACCCCAGGGAUCGAGGCAUUGGUCGCAGAGCUUCGGAGGAUUCCGCAGAUGA